AUGGUGCAGCAGCGGUUUGGGAGUGAGAGUCGGAUGGCGGCGGCCGCGCCCAGGGACUCGGCUGAAGUAAACGCUCGUCCCCCGGGCACUUCCCGGCACCCCCCACCCAGACCCCGAAGGCCCGAGCGCGGGGCGCCUGUUCGCGGCCCUGCGGCCCAGGCCCGGGUGUCCCGGACAGGGAGUCGGAGAAAACCAGUCAGUUUCAUUGCAGACCUUCACCAGCAUGGGAAGCAAUGCAGUGGAGAGAAACUGUUGAAAUGGGUUUUGUUCGUGAAGAGUUGCAGGUCACAUGUGUCAGGGAAGUCCUUUACCUACGGGGAGGCUGACAAGAACUUCCUCGCCAGUUCAGGGGAGCAUCAGCACCAGGCCACUCAUAAUGGGCAGAAACCAGACAGUUGCACCAUGUGUGGGGAAGCUAUUCACAAAAGGUCUUAUGAGUGCAAGGAAUGUGGGAAAUCCUUCACCCGAAGGUUUAACCUCUUUCAGCAUCAGAAAGUCCACACUGGAGAAAGGCCCUAUAAAUGCAAUGAAUGUGGGAAAUUCUUCACCCACAUUUCCAGUUUCAUUCAACACCAGAGACUUCACACUGGGGCAAAGCCUUAUAAGUGCAGCAGAUGUGGGAAAUUCUUUGGCCAGAGCUCCAGCCUUAUUGUACAUAAGAGAGUUCAUACUGGAGAAAAGACUUAUGAGUGCAGUGAAUGUGGGAAAUCCUUUAGCCAAAGCUCCAGUCUCCUUAAACAUCAGAGAGUUCACACUGGAGUGAGGCCUUAUGAGUGUAGUGAAUGUGGAAAAUGUUUUGGUGACAUCUCCAGCCUCAUUAAACACCGUAGAGUUCACACUGGAGAGAAACCUUAUGAGUGCAGAGGAUGUGGGAAAUCUUUUAGCCAAAGUUCUGGCCUCAUUCAACACCAGAGCGUUCACACUGGAGAAAGACCUUAUGAGCAGUAUAUGUGCGGCAAAUGUGGGAAAGCCUUCAGUCAGUGGUCUGCUCUGAUUCAGCACCAGAAGGUUCACAGUGCAGAUCAGCUUUAUGAGUACAAUGAAUGUGGGAAAGCCUUUAGCCGAAGGUGUAACCUCAUCCGGCCUGAAAAAGUCCGCACUGGAGAGAGACCUCAUGAGUGCAGUGAAUGUGGGAAAGCCUUCAGCCGAAAGUCUCACCUCACUGGGCACCAGAAAGAUCACAAAGCAAAGCCAUAGCCAUGCAAGGAGCAGGCUUUCUGCAUGUUUGAUAUAAUGACGUUGGAGGAGAGCCUUUGUGAGGGAGAUAUCUUCCUGAAGUUGAACUCAUACAUCAGAAUAUACACCACAGGGAAGAUUCCCUGUAAGUUUCAGGUAUGGGGGAAGCUUCUAGGAACCAUGUUGUGCUUCCUAAUUGGCUUGGGGUCCUUGCUGAAACUGUGACUGCCAGUUUUCAUGGUAUAAGGCAACUCUAAUUCCUGAAAGGCCCCCAUGGUAUACAUCAAUUACCCCAGUGUUUAGGGAAAUAGAUCUCUGUUCUGUCUGGAGAAAAUAAUGAGCAGCCUGAGUCUUACAGUGAUGUCAUUCCCUUCUCUCUAAUUAAUGUGUAUACCUGACCCAGUUUUCUCCCAAAAGACCUAAUCUGGGUUCUGCUGGUGGCUUGCAAAGAAGGUUUGUCUUCAGGGACAUUGUUUUCAUUUAACACUUGUGGUGGUUUUUUUCCAGUCUCCAUGUCACUAACCCAUAAACUGCCUGCCUAUGAUUUGUGCAAUAAUAAAGGCCUUAUUAUUUAAGCCACCUUUAAUCCUUGGGGUUGUAUUCACCAAGAGAUUGCUUUGAAAACAUCACAAAGGUGUAAACAGCUUGUGUGGGAGUUCCCAACUUUGGUGCACCUCAGAAGACAAAGUGUGAUGGCAGAGAAUAACUCUUCAGUUUGGGCUUAGUUCACUUUGCUGUCCAAGGCCUCCAAGGAAAGACUGCUGGCUUUGUGCCACUAAUAUGAAGCCUGGAAGCCAAGAUUUUUUUGUGGGUCCAGAUUGUGCUCACAUUGAGGAGCAGCUACUUGUGAAAAUCCCCCGUGUUUCUGGGAUUGGUUCCAUUGUCCAUAGUGCAUAUCACGUAAAGACCACAUGGCUAAGGGGAAUCUCUUCCCCAGGUCUUUCAGAAGAGCCAUGUGCCCUGAUGCCCAGGACUUAGUAGGGUAGUGAUACUGGUUUUAACACUAAAGGGCUCACAGGAAUCACAAUUGAUGAGAAACAUUGGAUUGAUAGGGAGUGCUGGAGCCUGCAGUCAACUAGACAGAACAUCCCUCUUCUAAAAUUUCACCCACAGCUAUUCCAGUGGCUGUGGCUGUGUUGGGUGAGCGUGACUCCUGGUCUGUGUAACCCUAAUAACUAAGGUCAUUGGCAGAGAAAUUAAGGUUUUAUGGAUUCCUGUAGCUUUCUGGGCUGUUGACCUUAAGACUGUUAUUGCACAUGCAGGAAAACAAGGAUAGAGAGAAGGGAGAUCUCUUAAUCCAGCCGUACAGCCUUUGUGGCUAAGGUGGAAACAUCCUCCAUUGUUCACCAGUAUUUGCUAUCAUUGAGAUAAUCCAUCCCUCCCAAAGCAUCAAGAGAGAGGUGGUAGAGAUAUUAGAGGGUUGCUAAACCUGAUUUUUUUUUUUUAAAGGAGUGGGAGAGAUCCUUACUUUU